AUGUUUGUGAGGAUUGGUGAGGCUUCCGAUGAAGUGCCAGUUAGUAUUCCAGACAUCGUGCCUGGGACCGAGAUCAGGUUUGCUAAGGUCGAGUAUUCGAAAUACCGAAAUCGGGUCUUUAAGAAGACUGAUUUGCAUUACAGGGGAGAAGUAAUCGACUCGGAUGGCGACGCUCAUCUUAUGGUCUUUCUUGAGACGCCUAUUCCUGAAACGCCGCAGAGGGAGUUUCUGAUCACGACGUUCAUUAAGCCAAAUGCUGUCUCGGUCGAUGGCACAUAA